CAAGAACUUUCCGAGACACAGAAGAGUGAAUCAACCGCAAAAACCGACAAUCGACAUUUGAAACGCCAGGUCACUGACCUCCAAGAUAGCCUGGAUACCUACGUGCGAAAAGUUGGUGACCUGGAGCGGCGUAGUUCGGACCUGUACGCGGAGCUGGAUCGAGCCAAGGCGAGCCUGACCGCGGCUCGGGAGACAGCAACCCUGCUGCGUGAGAGACAGACUCGAGCCAAUGAGGACUGCAGCAUGAUGCUUGCUGACGACGUACAGAUUUCCGAUGACGAGAGUAGCUCUGCCUUCGACGGCAUCUCACGCGCAUCCGCAGACAACUUCAACAGCAAUCAGACGCUGGACAGGCAUCGCAAUCGGUAUGUCACUUUUGGAACAGUAGUAGACACCUCUGUUUUGAACUAA